AUGUCAAAACACCAUUCGGAUUUGAUUUUAUGCCGCCGGCAACCUGGAAUUACUGUAGGAAAGCUUUGUGAACGUUGUGAUGAUAAGUGCCCAAUUUGCGACUCUCAUGUUCGUCCAACCACACUAGUUCGCAUUUGCGACGAAUGCGCCUUUGGUAGUGCUCAAGAUCGCUGCAUUAUAUGUGGUGCACCUGGUGUCUCUGACUGCUAUUAUUGCGCUGAAUGUACGCGUAUGGAAUACGACCGUGAUGGGUGUCCAAGAGUAAUUAAUCUUGGUACAAGUCGUACGGAUUGGUUCUAUGAAAGAAAAAAAUACAAAAUGGCAGGGAAAGAAAUGCCAGGGCCGAUGUACUGA